GCCCGCCCCCGGGCCGGAGCCCUAGGUCGGCCCCGCAGAGUGCGAGCGGCCGCCGCGCGGGGCAUGGGGCGCUGAGGCCAUGGACGGCUACAGGGGCUUCCUGGGGCUGCUGGUGUCGGCGCUGCUCGUCGGCUUCCUGGCCGUCGUCUUCAGCCUCGUCUGGGUCCUGCACUACCGGGAGGGGCUCGGCUGGGACGGGACCGCGCUCGAGUUCAACUGGCACCCGGUGUUCAUGGUCACGGGCUUCGUCUUCAUCCAGGGCAUCGCCAUCAUCGUGUACAGACUGCCAUGGACCUGGAAAUGCAGCAAGCUCCUGAUGAAAUCCAUCCAUGCGGGGUUACACACCGUUGCUGCCAUUCUCGUAAUUAUCUCUCUGGUGUCUGUUUUUGAUUACCACAAUGCCGGGAAUAUCCCCAACAUGUACAGUCUACACAGCUGGGUUGGACUGACGGUUGUCAUACUCUACAUCUUACAGCUUCUUCUAGGUGUUCUCGUCUUUCUGCUUCCUUGGGCUCCACUUUCACUCCGAGCACUUGUCAUGCCCAUGCAUGUUUAUUCUGGGCUUCUCAUCUUUGGAACAGUGAUUGCAACGGUACUUAUGGGAGUGACUGAGAAACUGAUCUUUGGCGUUUCUGGAUACAGUUCGUUCCCACCAGAAGGUGUUUUCGCAAAUACCCUCGGCCUCCUGAAUGUGGUAUUUGGGGCGCUCAUAUUUUGGAUAGUCACCAGACCACAAUGGCAACGUCCUAAAGAACCAAAUCCUAUCCUUUUUCAGCCAAAUGGAGGCGCUCGAGAGGGAGCAGAAGGCUCAGCAAUAAACUUCAGCCAUGUCGACCAAUCAGAUUCAAAAUUAAACAAUGAAGUAGCAGCAAAGAAAAGAAACUUCUCUGUUGAUGAGGCUGGACAGAGAUCUACCAUGUAAAAUGUUAUAGAGAUUCGGCCAUGUAACUUCACUUUUGAAAACUAGCUCUACAGUUUAGCUUCUCCUGUUUAGCCCCCAAGAUGAUUGAGCUCUGCAGAAUCAAUAUUUAUUUUACUCAUAAAGUAGGAUUCCUUUGAAGAGUUGGUAUUGAUUAAGGCCUAUGAACUUACCUAAAUUGGAAAGGAGAUGAUCAGUGUACAUAAUAGAAGAUAUAAAUUGUGGUUAUGUUACCUUUCUUGAGGAUCUUGCAUAGAACAGGUGAUCAAAAUGUGUCUCUCAAAAAACAAACAAACGAACCAAAAGCAGAAACAAAAAUGUGUCUCUCGGUCGGUAAAUUUCAUUAGUUGUCAGCAUCUCUGGUCUCUUGUCAUGCAGUCAUUUCUUGUUAAUUCUGAGAAUCCAGUCCUAACGUUUUAGAAUCAGAUCUGGGGCAGGGUUUAUGCUACACAGAUAACAUGAGUGGAGUACAGAAAAAAAUUUAGGAAAGUAACUGAUUCCCUUCUCUCAGCGCCUGUCUCCUGCUCUCUCCCCAACUAGUUUGGUCUCAGAUUCACCUUGGAGACCAGGAUUUCUAUUAGAGCAUUUGGGAGCUGUGACUGAGCCAGAGAUAGCUAAAGAGAUCUUUUCUUUUCACACCUGGAAGUUUUUCUGAAACUCAGCUUUGUCCCAAAGCUUCUGCGGGGUUUGGUGCCCUUUAUAACUCAGAUUCUAAACCCAAUUAGAAUGGAAUAUGCCUGAAAACUUACGUAGCAUAAACUGCUUCACACCCUCAAAGAGCACUUUUCCUCAAGUUUCUGUUUUUAUUUUAGAAAGUACUUACAUGGCACUUACUACAUGCCAGACACUGUUCUAAGCACUUUAUAAAUAUUAACUCAUUCAAUCCUCAAACUUUACAGGUUAGGUACUGUUAUUAUCUCCAUUUUACAGCUGGGAGAUCUGAAGCUGAGAAAGGUCAGUAACUUCCCCCAAGGGCAUAUAGCUCAUCAGUGGUAGAACUGAGAUUUGUCUCUUGGCUGUCUGACUUCUCAGUUCACGUCCCUAACCACUUCACUCUGCUACAUUUUUCUAUUAUAUACUAGUUUGUACCUACUCGGACUCACCGCUCGAUAAAUCCCAAUUGCUGGAGUGCAGUGGAGUUGUUAAAGUUUACCCUCUGGCUUUUUCCAAGGCAGAUUAACCAAGGAAAGGCAAAUAACCAAGGAAAGGGGCCCGCCCACACCUGUAAAUAGAGAUGGCACCCUGCCGCAGCCAACAUGCCAUGGCCCAACUUGAUGCCCCUUUGAUCUUAAAACUAUGUCUUGGUAACGAAGAAAACUUUGGGCAAGAACAUCUGUAACUUCAAGAUUAAUUAAUUACAAUAUUUGUUCUGAAGAACAUCAUCUGUUGAAGAACAACAGCAUCUUAGUUGCUGAAUAGCUUUAGGUUUGGAGAUAGAAGAGACUCACGUCAUGGUCUGCUCUUCCCAGUGACAACAGCUAAGGUCCUUCCUGAUUUUGGUGGAGUUUUAGGGGAUAUCUGGAGCUUUGGGUUCUUAGUAGGGAAUUGAGACUCAGAGGUGACAUCUUUUGUGCAUGGAGACCUCUGUCUAGAUUCUGGGCUGACUUAAAUUAAAACUUAGAGUAGUGAGGUGCCUGGGUGGCUCAAUCUGUUGAGUGUCUGACCCUUGGUUUCGGCUUAGGUCAUUAUCUCCUGGGUCAUGGGAUUGAGCCCUGCCUCAGGCUCCGUGCUCAACAGGGAGUCUGCUUGAAGAUUCUUUCUCCCUCUGCCCCUCCCCCCACUCAUAUGCAUGCACAUGUGCUCUCUCUCUAAAAUAAAGAAAUCUUUAAAAAAUAUCUAGAAUAGUGCCUAUGCUGAAAUGAUGCUUUUCUUUUUGGAUUGGUUUGUUUGUUUUUGGUUGUUGUUGGUUUUGGUUUUUUGGUUUCUAUGCAAUUUUAAACUGGACCCUUUUAAUGUGGGUAAAAACCUUACAGUUUACACCAAACACUCUUAACAUUUUUGGUGCUUAGUGGAGUUCUUUUUAAGUUAAGUGGUAAUUACCUCAGACUGAAUAUGAGCUUCACUCCAUCAUAUCCAUUAAGCUUCACAGCUAACCAUUAAAGAUUCCCUCACCAAGACACUCUUCUUAAUUCUAUUUCCAAAAUUGAUAAAGGUGUCAUAAGUAUGCCUAGUGCCUGGCUCAAUGCCUGGCACAUAGUAGGCACAAUUAAAUUCAGUAUAGGUAGAGCAUGCUACAAUUUUGGUGUCAGGUAGAAGGAGUAAUUGCAUUGUCACACACAAACAUAUUUUUGAUAAAUGGAUAUUUCUUUACAUAAAGGUGCCCAAAAUUCCAGUUUUUUAGGGGGAAACGGGUCUGCGACAGCACCAAUGAUCAAAGCUGCCAUUCCAUUUUACAAAGGCCAUGGAAGAAGUUACUAGUGAAAAGUUAAUUAUGGAUUUGGCAUGAGAAUAUUCUACUCCAUUGCAAAGUAUUUGAGCACUCAUCAUCUCAGCCCUUUAUUUUCCAUUUCUUGUGGGCUAAUGUGAGAGCAAUCUGGUGGAUAUUAUAAGAACUUCUUUCUCAACCUUUAUGAAAACAAUGCAUAGUAAAAUAUAUCUAGAAAACCUUUCUGAGACUCUUCUUUUAAUGGGCUUUUUAUUCUAAUGGUAAUUGUACCUUUAUCUUUCAAAAGCUGGUAUUUCCUACCUAAAGGCAUCUCUCCCCAAAAUAUCUCAUUAAAAAGUCCACAAAAAGAAAAAGGGAGAAGAAAGCUUUAGGUAUCAUUUCCAAAACAGUGAUUGAAAUCUUCCCAAAUAAUUAUAGCUUGUAUCAUCAGCAGCGGUAGUCUGGCUUGGCUUACCCCAUAAUCUAAUUUCGGGGGGGGGGGGGGGCUUUAUUUUAACACUCUUCUAAAUCAACACUAAAGCCUUUUCUCUGGAAGGGCUUCUUGAGAAACUUAAAUGAAUAUGCUUUUUGAAUUAACGUUCUCGAAAGUGUACAGCUUCCUGUGCUUCUCAGUGGCAGGCUUGAAUUCACCCUCUGGAACACUUUCCUUUCCUUUCUUUGUGUGGUUUCAUUUAAUCUGUGCUGGUUAGAAACAGCAUCUCAGACCUUAACAAUCAAAUGACAAAGAAGGCAACUGGACUUUUUAAGUAAUACUGACAAGUGGUUUCUGUUUUCUAAAGGACAAAAUAAGGAGGAUGUCUUGUUUUUAAUUAGGCUCUUUUCCCUGCUGAGCUGAAAAUUGUGGUGACAUCCCGGUUGACCACAACUGCCUAAUCUAAAAGCUCAAAGAAAGAAGUAAAGUGUUAUGCUAAUUUUAUUGCAGUAUGAUAGAAUUUUUAUCUUGUUAUGUCCUUUCUUCGAUAACUCUGACAGGAAACUGUAACUGCUAUGUCUCAGAGCUGCACAUAGGAAAGUAUGGAAAAAUGAAAACUAUUAUUCUUUAUUCCUUACCUGAUACCUGAAAACUUUUAAGUGGAAAAGAUUACUAUAUGUUGAUCUUGCCUUCUUUGGAAAAAAUAUUAAGUAGCCCAAACACUUUAUAAUUUUGUAGAAAAAAUAUGCAUCUAUUUUUUCUUGACCUGGUUUUAUACAGUAAUAAAAGUUAUUUUGGAAGCUA